UAUAAUUUCCCGCCCAAAUCUUAAUUUCUUCCACCCAUCCUUGAGAAACUCCAUUGUUGGCAAGAAAUCAAAGAAACACCACAAAAUCUCAAUCCCAAUGAAUCAAAACCCCACCACCCUCUUCCUCCUCCUCACCCUCACUCUUACCCUCCUCCACUUCCCUACCACCACCUCCUCCACCCAACUCCUCUACUCCACCGCCACACAAACCCUCACCAACUCCAACUUCCUUUCCAUGGCCCUCACGCUCCGCUUAGCUUCCCCUUCCCUCCCUCCCACAACCUCCGCCACGAUAUUCGUCCCCUCCGACGCCACCUUCCGCCGCCGUGGCCCCCUCCCUCUCUCCCUCCUCCAAUACCACAUCAUCCCUUCCAAAAUCCCUCUCCAUUACCUCACAUAUCUCCCAAUCACCACUCAAUUACCAACUCUCCUCCCAAAUUCCCCUCUCACCAUCACUUCUUCCUAUCCUCACCUCUCCAUCAACAACGUAACCGUCUCAACAACCACUCCUCUCUUCAAAAAACCCUCCCUCCUCAUUCUUCCCAUCGACGAUUUCUUCAAUUCCUCUUCCCUCUUUCUCCCCAAACCUCUCCUCCGUAUCCUCCAAUCCAACAACUGCUCCAUCGCCGCCGCAUUAUUCGAAUCUCUAUCAACAGAACCAUUCGUCAGCGCCAAGAAACUGACUAUCUUCGCGCCAUCGGAUGAAUCCCUCAGAAACGUAACUGAUUAUGACAUAACGGUUUUCAGGAAACACGUGGUUAUUGGAUUGAUUACGUGGCGUGAUUUGAUUCAUCUUCCUAAUGAUACUCUGUUACCAACUCUUUUUGAAGGAUUUGAUAUUAGAGUAAGUAUUUUUCCAAAUCUUCAAUUGGUUAAUGGUGUGAGGAUUGUUGUUCCGAAUAUGUAUUGUGGUGAUUUCGUUGUUGUUCAUCGUGUUGAUGGAUUGCUUGAUUAAGGAACGUGCUGAAUGUGAUUGGUAUAUAGGUUUUUCUGACGAGGUGUAUAUUGAUUCAUAGUUGAAAAUAACUGUAAUUGAAUUUUUAGAUGGUAUAGUAUAGCAUGAAUAGAUAAAUGAACUCCACUGA